CUGGGUGGACCAGGACUUCAACAACACAGAAAACUACAAGGUCCUCCAUCCUAAUCUCCUGGGAAGCCGUUACCAUGGCAACGAACACAUCAUCCAAAUAUGACAACAUCACCUGCAAAGAUAAGAUCCAUUCAGGAUCUCCCACUCUCUACCAGUUGAUACCAAAGGAAGAGAAGAUUGGAACUCUGACAAGAAUGACUCUUGGUGAAAAAGAUUCAAACAAGGAAAAUAAAACCAUCUUACUUGUUGGUGAAACAGGAGCAGGAAAAUCUACUCUGAUCAACGCUCUGGUCAACUACGCCAUGGGAGUGGAGUGGAAGGACGAUGUCUGGUUUCAGAUAGUAGAGGAGGAGGAGAGAAGUCAAUUAGAAAGUCAGACAUCAGAUGUGAUCGUGUACCAGAUCUUUGGUUUUGAAGAUAAAACUCUGCCCUACUCUCUGACCAUCAUCGAUACUCCUGGAUACGGAGACAUCAGAGGGAUCGAGCAUGAUGACAUCAUCAGUCAAAGAUUAUUAGACUUGUUCCAGUCAGUCGAUGGAGUUGUUGAGAUUGAUGCAGUGGGUCUGGUGAUGAAAGCGAGUGUGACUCGACUGACUGAGCGACUGAGGUACAUCUUAGAUUCAGUGGUGUCUCUGUUUGGAAAAGACAUGGAGAAGAACAUCGUCACCUUCAUUACACACUCAGAUGGAAGUGCAUCUAAAAAUGUUCUGAAAGCUCUCAAGGCUGCAAAGAUUAAAUGUGCCAAAAAUAAGAAGAAUCAACCUCUUCACUUCCUGUUUAAUAAUCGCCAACAUGAAGACAGGACAGAGGAUGCAGAAGUCCUUGAACAUGCAGAUAAAACAUCAAUGAAAGGAAUGAAGCAGUUCACAACCUUUCUGGGAACAACUGAACCUCAGAAGUUGGAGACAACCGUGAAAGUCCUGAACGAGAGAGUCAGACUGACAGCCUGCAUCCAAAACCUGGAAGAGAGAAUUAAGUUGAUCGAUCUAAAGCAAACAGAGAUCCAACAGACUCAGGAUGGUCUGAAGAAACAUGAAGAAGAGAUGAAGAACAAUGAGAAGUUCACUAUAGAAGUUGAUGAGGUCUACAAAGAUAAAGAACCUAUUGAUGGUGGGAUGUGGGGGUUGGUGUUCUAUGAAGCAGCUGUCUGCUGUACUGUCUGUGAGGAGAACUGUCACUAUCCUGGAUGCACAAUGGCCUGGAAACCAGGACACUGUGAGGUCAUAAAAGGUGGCCACUGCACUUCAUGUAGAAGGAAGUGUCCUGCAUCAGCUCAUGUGAAAGAUAAAUGGAAGUAUGUGAACAAGACAAGACAAGUUAAAAAAACUCUAGAAGAUUUGAAAGUAAAUAUUAAAGCAGAAACUGAGAAGAAAGAGAGCAUUUUGGAAACUCUUCAGAAAGAGAUGGAAACCCUGGAAGCAAAGAAAAUACCUUUGGUGGAUGAAGCCUACCAGCAUGUUGUCCAACUGGAGCAGAUCGCCCUGAAUGAGGUUUCACUGUCUAGUUAUGUCCACCUGGACUUCCUGAUUGAGGAGAUGGAGAAGAGAAAGGACACAGAGAAGGUCAACCAUCUAAAACAAAUGGGAGGUCGAAAAGAUGGAGGUCUGUCGGGGGUGCAGUGCAGAAGAUGGCAAAAAUAG